AUGACAAGAUCUAGAUCAAGAUCACCACGAUGGAAACCAAGGUCCUUAUCUCCAGCAUUUAGGAUUCCAGAACACCAUAGGCAAAGGCAUGCUCAUAUUAAUUAUGACUGUGAAUAUAAAAGCUUUCGUAAGGACCCAAAGAAGCCUAUGCCUUGGAGAACAGAAGAUGAAAAAUACGGACAAAGCAAUUCCAGGUUUGCACCUCAUGGAAAUAACCACCAGAGAAUAUAUGAACGUAGAUCACCUUCACCAAACCUGAAAAGAAUUCCCAUGGAAGAUACUUACAGUCAUAAGCCCUACAGAACACAUUCAUCUGAAAGAACUGAAAGCAACAGGAGAUGCCAGUUACCACCAAAAUACUCAGAAAUACCAUAUAAAGAGCAUGAUCGUCUGUUUUACCAACACAAAAUGGAAGACAGAUACAUGUUUGAGCACUACAAAGUCACUGGAAAUGAAAAAGGAAUUAAACCUUUUCAUAGACCGUUAGGGGCUUCGUGUAAACUUGAAAGAAAAUGGCAUGAAGAUGACUUGAGGCACCAGAGGUUACAUGAAGAGAAGUAUGGUCAGUCACCCAGAAGAGUUUCUGAUGAAUUUACGUCAAGGAGCUCUUUACAGAAGAGGUAUCCUGAAGAUCACGAUUACAGAGAAUAUGGGCACACGUCUAAAAGGGCUAAAGAAAUGGAGAGGUAUGACGGUGGAGAAGUAGCAAGAAAUUCCAAGUGGAAGCAAGAACGUUCUUUUCCACCCUACGAAGAAAAGGAGGAGCAAAGAAAUCUGGGUACCCAGUCCCACCACCGAUCGGCUGAAAGGGAGUACUCGGAGGGUUCUGUCACAAAGAUAGCCUAUGAGUACAGUCACAAACGGCGCAGGCAUCCGGAUGGGGAAAAGCCUUUUUCAGACGAUAGAGCUCAGAAGUAUGUGAAGCAGGAAGACCAGAAAUAUGGUUCUUCUAAGGGUGCCCGGAAUAGCAAAGAGUUAGAUUACUUUAGCGGUGGAAGAGCGAGACGAACUGAAGAAGGGCAUGUCGAAGUACCUGUUAAAUAUAGUUCAAAGAAGGGCUGCGAUGCUUGUGUUAACUCUUCCAAAAUGGAUGUUGAUCUGAGAUCUUUUAAAAACAAACCGAAGGAAAGAGUAAGGAAAGAAGGGGAAUUCAGGAAAAAAGUAGAUUCCUCCGAUAGCCAGCAUGAUUCAAGUCAUACUGUUUCAGAUGUGAAAAUGUCAGAUACCAACUGUAGGAGGGAACGUCUCACAAUCAAAGUGGAUAUGAAGAAAAUGGUGACCAAGUACAGGACUGCUUCUAGUCACACUACAGAGAGACAGAUGUCCCAUGAUCUGGUUGCUGUUGGCAGGAAAACUGAAAAUUUUCAUCCGGUGUUUGAGCACAUGGAAUCUGUAACACAAAAUGUUGAAAACGACCCAUCAAGAGAAUUUACUCAGGAAAUAAUCACAAUUAUCCAUCAAGUUAAAGCAAAUUAUUUUACAUCCUCUGACAUAACUCUACAUGAACGGUUCUCAAAAAUUCAGGAUAAACCAGUUGCAAAUAUGAAUGAAGUUAAAAUACAUUUAGAUCCAGAAAUUCACAGGAGGAUUGAUAUGUCUCUAGCAGAACUUCAGAACAAACGAACUGUGCCAUCUGAAUCUCCCCAGAACAUUAUGAGAGUGUUAGAAGAUCCAAAUGAUCUACGGCAUGAUAUAGAAAGGAGGAGAAAAGAGAGACUGAAGAAUGAAGAUGAGAGGGUGUUUCAUGUAGAUGGUGUAACUCCAAGGAACCAGCAAAGCUGCAGUCUUUCAAAAUUACAAAACUCUCAACUUGAUGGCUUCCAAAAGCCUAUGAGGUUCAUUAAGCCACCUUUCAGGAAAUUUAUUGGGAAACCUCACCUGAAUUCUUACUAUUCUUCAAAACCAAGUGAGACUUACCCUCACAGACGCAUUAGAGGACACCUUGAAAAUGCAGGACCCAUCAGAAGACACUUUAAGAGCAACUUUGCAGAUGGCCGUUUGCAAUCCCAUUAUAAAUCAGGCUUAGUACAGAAGGGUUUAUAUAUUCAGGCUAAGUACCAGCGGUUACGUUCUGUUGGUGUAAGGGGAUUUACCACUAAUAAAUUCAGAGAUGGAUUUUUGAGGAAAGAAAAGGGAAAUUUAAAUAUUGCAACAGAAACUUGAACUGAGCUGUGAUCCUGAAGUCGAAACAGAUAACACAGCAAAGGGAGCAUCUGUUCAUUUUUUGACACCUUUGUCAAGACUUAAAAUAGGAUAAAGGAACUAACCCUGUAACUUUCUUGAUUAAAAAUAACUUUAUUUUUCAGUAGUGGAAUGCUGCAGAACUUUUUUACAGUUUUAAUAAUUGCUUUUAAAGUACAGUAUUCAAUUGAAACAUUGCAGUAUGUACCUUUAGUUCCUUUUACAUACCAGUCUCAAGUAAAGAAGUCAUUGAAGGGAGUCUUAUUUAUUGAAUACUUUUUCUCUAAGCAUGAUGUUACGGAUGGAACUUGAGUUGUUAUACCCAGAGGUUUAUAUGUUGAAAGUUUAUUGCCUAUGUAAUAAAAAAAAAGGAAAAAAAAAAAAGUGCCUGAAUUGUUUGGUAAUAGCACACUAGCUCAGGAUUUUUCCAAGUAAUGACCUUUUAGGUUGUGCAAUAGAUUUUACACCUCUGUUCAGUCAUUUCCAUAAAACAGUAUUUUAUAUUACUUUAAUAAUAUACUUGGGUUUCUGAUGUGUAUAUACAUUUGUAAAUUGUUAGAAUGCUGGGACAACUUUCAGUAUUUGAUUAAAAUGACUGGUAACAGGCAGGUAUGUAAUGUGCUGUAGCAGUAGCUUAUAACUGCACUGAAAGCAUGCUUGGGUUUGUUAGAGGAUUAGUUGGUCUGUAUUCAAAAUUAUU